AUGAGUGACAUGAACAGUUUUCCGGCCAGCCCUGCCCGGGGCCGUGGCCGUGGUCGAGGCCGAGGUGGCUCGACCAGAGGCAACCAUUCCAGAGCUGCCGUCAAGAAACCCACCACUGGCGGUGGCCGUCGCGGCCGCCAAAAGCUGUACGGUGCUCCGCGGCUUCAAGGCACCUUUGAGCGCGGAAAGGAGCUGAAGAAUGCUUACGCGAGUGUCGUCAACGCCCUCAGGCCAGCAAUUGAAGAGCUGGCCGACAGGAAUAUCGACUCUCUGAAGGAAGAUCCCGACGCCUACAAGUGCGUCGAGGCCUUCAUGGGUGUCAAGGAAGCCUUGGACACUCGUGUCGCCGAUGUCAAGAAGGUGAUCAACACCGAGCGCGACAUUCGGCUGACUUUCGUCAAGAGCCGCCGUGAUGCCAGCGUCGAAAUCAUUGAAGAUUCCUUCAAGCGGAAGCUCGAGGAGAUGCAAGAAGACAGGCUUGACGAACUACUUGCACAGCUAGACAGACUUGAGACCCUACAUGAUCAGGGCCUGCCUGUUGAUCUUCACGACGAUCACUAUGAGCACCGCACACUCGAGCCAGGCCGCAAGCUUGCCUCCCACGUCAUCUACACCCAAGAUGGCAUUGAAGUCCCGUGCCACAAGACAGAGCCUCAGCUGAAUGAAUACACUCAGCAUCUCAAGGCUCCCAAGACCCCGGCCAAACGCAAGGCCGAGGGUGAGGCGGAAGGCCAGCCGACCCCCAAGCGUCCUGCCAGCGCUAUGGACGAUGGCGGUCCGGCUUCUCUCGCGCCGCGCCACAUCGGUGGCCUCCUCUCCGCAGUCGCUCCGCCUGACGAGGAUGCCGGAGAGCGUGCUGAGGAGUCGAGGGUGCCCUCGCCAACCCCAGGUGCUGCCAAUCUCGAAGGCAGCUCCGAGAGCGGAUCCCCAAGGGAAGCUGAGCAGCAAGAUACAUCUGCUCCAGCUGAGACAGUUCUCCCCGAUGAUGACCGUAUCCCCGCGCUUCCCAACGGCACUUCUGACCCAGACCCCUACGGCGUUCGCAUCAUUACGAAGCGAAGGAUGGCCAACUCUGAGAAUAACAAUCGCAUUGUCAUCCAGCCUUUGUACGAGUGGGAGCCACAUGAGAUUGGCUUCAGAGACUCGACCAACGACAAGUCGAGAGGCGCCACCAAGGCCAAGCGCGGCAAGUACCUUAACACGCCCAACAGCAAUUACUGGUACAUCGACCGCUCAGUCUGGCAAUAUGAUUCCACUUCGCACGAGAAAGGCGAUCUGGACCAGGAACUGGUCGAGAAGCAUGGCUUACACCCCACUCUUGGACUCUUCCUCGAAGGCUCUCGCAACGUUAGCGAGGACCCGCUUCCCUUCGUUUCCGGAAAGCAGCCCGUCAUUUUCACCACUGAGGAUGGACAGAUCAAGGAGACAUCCCGUUCUAUGAGAAUCAUGGAGCUCCAGGCUGAGCUAGACCGGAAUGAGCGCAAGAGGAAGUUGAAGGCUGGACUUUCCGCAUUCACUCAGCAGGAAGGCAUCGACGCGGAGACCGUCAUGCCGGAUCCGGCUGUCGUCGAGCAAUUCCGUCAGACGAGACUCGAGGGAUACGUCGGCAAACCUGCCCCAGAGAGCCCUCUUGAAGAAGAAGUCACAGAAGAUGAAGUCGAAGAGUCCGAUGCUCAUGCUUCUUUCGCCUCCAUUCUCGAAGCGGCCCAGGAGGUCGACGCCCAAGAGAAGAAGGCAGCUACACCGAGCGUUAAGCCCGCUCCUCCUGCCACCCGGCCUUUCGACCCCAUUCGAGAUAUCUUCGCAGCUACUGAAGAGGUUGCGCCUGCACCGCCCGUUGACAGGUCCAAUAUCAUCUUCUUGCUGGAGGUAGCCACCUCUGAUGCAUCUGUCGGCGAACCCGGUCGCAAGUAUCUGCCCACAGACUAUAUUGUCGGCGAGGAGAGCUUUGAGCGUGGAGGACCCUCGCCUGAGCCCAUGAGCGGUUCUACCCAAGGCCUCCCCAGUUUCUUGCAGACCGCACUGAACCCGCCAGCAGCAUCCUACCCGCCGCCAUCUCCGUCGCAGGCCUAUGCGAAUGCUGUGGACCCCGCUCUGCAGCAGCGCGGCCCUGACAUGCCGGCCUCACGAGUGCCCUUUAGCAACCCUGGCCAGGCCAGAGGCGUUGCGCCCCCGGGUCUUCCUCCUCUUCGACCUGCACGUGGUGCAAAGCAGUUCGUCGAAGAGCCCUCGCCAGAGCCGAGCUACGGCUCUCCCCGACAGUCCCUCGUCGUUACGAACAGCGGCAAUUACUACCCUCCCGCCCCGGCCAGGCCUUUCCAUAGCGGCUAUACCCUCCAGGAACAGCCGCAGAACGCUCUGCCACCGCCGCAGUACAUUCAAGAUCCUUCUGGCCAACACGGCCUGCCACCACUGCCCCCUCCACCGCCUCAUGGACAUGGCCCGCCUGGCCCUCCCCCAAUUCAGCCGAUGCCGAUGCCGCCGCAGCAGCCAGUUAACAGCGGACCGUAUGCGAUGUCGCCUCCUUAUCCGGGAACGGCUCAGCUUUCCCUUACCCAUGGCCAGAUGAUGGACAGCCCCCCACGACCGGAGUCGCUCCAUGGCCUGCCGCCCCCCGGCUCGACCCCGCCGCGCACGAGCAUCUCGGGCCCAGCAUCGGCACAGUCGGCAGCUGCAGCUGCGGCCAGAUAUCGCAAGCUGGAGCCUGCUCCGAUCCCGGCUCACCGACAAGGCUGGGUCUCAAGUGGCCCGGAGCUACGGACUGUACCGUACGACUACCGCGAGGGCAUCAAGGACUACUCGGCCGUCGAGCCGCCUCCAGGAUCGGGACCUACCCACAUCCGAGGCUGGGCGCACAACAACGUCAAGCGUCCCCGAGCUUCGUCGAAGAACGAAGCGUCGCCCAAGGGAGGACCAGAGGAAUCCAACGAGCCGGCAGAGGAGACCCCCUCGCCGCCCAAGAAGCGGCGCAUCAACAUCAAAGUGAUGCAGGGCGGCAAGGUCCUGACACCUAGCCGGCCACAAAUUCAGCCUACCGAAGAGCAGAAGAGCACUCCUGAGGCAGAGGAAGGCAAGGCACAAGCCGUCGAAGCUCCUAAGGCUGAGGAGCCGGCGGAACAGAAAGGCAUAGCGCCUCGGAUCACUAUUUGGAACCGAGAGACCAAGAAGCUCGUCAUAGAUGCCGAAGGCUUCGAGGAGACUCCCCAGAGACACCCACGAUACCGCCUUAGAAAGCGGAAGGGUUCUCCUGCAGUUUGA